AUCCUCUAGCCAAGGGCUCACAUUGAAGGAACCAUGGGCCACUUUCUUGACAACACCUUUUGCUGCCGGGUGGUGACCAAUGCUCAGUGGGCACAUAUUGGUUAUAUGAGUCACAAAGAACUUCCGGACAAGUCUAAGCUUACGAGCGGGACAGCGCGCGACUUUGGCGGCGCUCCGAUCGCAAUGGCAGAAAAUAGCCAGCUGUCCAAGUAUUCCGAGCUGGGCAAGCCAACGGAGGAAUGGGAGGAGUUCUAUGCGGCACAUGCCGACGAGGUUCCCGUCCUCGUUGGCUCCCCAGAACACAUGCGAAAGAUCAUGGUGGAUCUGAAGCAGCGAGCACAAAGCCAGGUUUCACCCAUCACAGAAGGGUUGAAAGUACAUGACGUACAGAUGCCGACAUCUGAUGGUGCAAGUAUUUCCCUGAGAAUUUAUCAGCCAAUGUCGGAGGAGACCCUGAGACCUGGCCUAUUUUACGUACACGGAGGAGGCUGGACUCUCGGUGACCUUGAAGGCGAGGAUUUGACCUGUCGGGCUAUGUGUGUAAGAGCAGGUGUAGUGGUGGUCAGCGUCGACUACAGACUAGCUCCAGAGCAUCCAUUUCCCCGAGGGACUGAGGACUCUUGGGAAGCACUGCAAUGGACUGUCAAGAAUCAAAAAGACCUACGCAUUCGAGAAAACAGCCUUAUUAUCGGAGGAAGCAGCUCUGGCGGUCACACAACUGCUGUACUCUCACACCGUGUGAAGAAUGGUUCGCUACUAAUCAAAGGGUCGAUCAUGCGCAUACCGUCCGUCUGCCACAUUGAUCGCUAUCCGCCCCAUCUUGGUCUGCACAGUCUAGAGGAGCUCAAGGACGCACCACUUCUGUCCAAACGAUCAAUGGAGCUAUUCUAUGGCUAUUUGAAUCCACCUGAUACCUCGGAUCCUGAAGCGUCUCCGCUUCUCAAUCCCUCGUUCCUGGGCCAUCCGCCAACGUACUUGCAAGUUGCAGGCAUGGAUCCCUUGCGCGACGAAGGUCUAGCAUACGCAGAUAAACUCCGCAAUGCUGGCGUACCGGUCAAGGUCGAUGUGUAUCCCGGCCUACCUCACGCUUUCGGAUAUUUUCCAAAGCUGACGGCAGCUAAGAAGAACGCCGAUGAUCUGAUUUCUGGCAUCAAAUGGCUACUCGCAGGCGCACGGUAGCUGGACUAUGCCCCAUGUCUGUGACUGAGGUACAAAUUGUUCUUUUCCUCCCACUCGCACACUUGUGAGGUGCGAGCUUCAGGGCCCUUGCUGCAAUGUACGAGUUUCGCCCAGAGUAUCUUGUUGUGCAUAGCUUGCAAUUGAGAUGGUACAUGCUGCAGAGAAUGAGAUGUUUCAUUCUC